AUGUCGUUGCCUCUGAAGGCUAAAACUAUAUCAAAAAGUGAAGCAGUCGAACACACGGAUGUGCCCGCAGCGAGACCUGGUGAGCUGAGGCAGCGCUCGAUGGCAGCGGUAUCGGCGCGCACCCUCCUGGUGACCGCGGUGCUGGCUGUGCUGGUCGCUGCGGGUGCCCGCGCCGCUCGCUUCGGCGAUCGCCUCGCACCUAGAGUACCAGCCGCCUACGCACCGCGCCACGCCCCCGCUGCGCAUCACUAUGCCGAAGCAGACUACGAUGACUCUUACGAACAAGAGUACGAUGACCAAAACCUCUCUGCUGAGGAAGACGAGCCGUCCUCGGAGACGGAACCGCCCCCGCGCCGUCCAGCGCGCACCGAAGCCCAUCGCCUCGAGAUGAGCACCGAAUAUUUUAUAAUACCAGAACACACUCCGUCGUCUGCUCCUCCGCCGACGUCUUCGAGACCGUUAACGUCUACGUUGCCGCCUGAAAAAAACAAGAACACCACGAUAACCGUAACUCAGCCGCCUUCAGGAAAUUUGCGACACGAAUCAUGGGCCGUCCCGAUUCUCGCUCUCGCCUCUGUCACGAUGGUGACUCUCGGAGGUUUCGAAAUAUUCGUAAUCUGGGGAGCUAGGCGAAAAGCCCCUAGUCAUCGUCACCUCCUCCUCGGCCAGUGUUUACUGUUCGGUUUAUUCACAUGCGCUGCCACAGCUGCGCUCUACUCGACCACACCGACCGUGUUCACUUGCGGUGCAGUCCGUUUCGGGACUGGAGUUGCAUACGUUAUAGUGUUUGCAUCUUUGCUCGUUAAAUGUGUAUUUCUGUUGAGUUUGAAUGGUGGCGUGUACUUGCCGGCAGCAUACCAGGCGUUACUCCUAUUUUUUGCAGUCAUGAUUCAGGUAGCGAUAGGUGCACAAUGGCUUGGCGGGUCACCUCCGAGAGUGAUAUUAGGCGGAACGAGAUGUGACUCGCAAUUAUCUGAUAUGCUGUUAUCAUUGUGUUAUGCGGCAUUCCUGAUCGCGGUGGUGUGCGGGGUGGCGCUGCGGUCGCGUGGAAUCCGCGACAAUUACCGCGAGGCGACACACAUAGCGGGUGCGGGCGGCGCGGCGGCCGCAGUGUGGGUAUGCUGGGUGGCGGCGGCACUCGGGGCGCCGGAAAAACAUCGCGACGCCUGCAUUGCGGCCGGCUUGCUCGCCACCUGCGCCGUCGUAUUCGCUCUCAUGUUCGCUCCGAAAGGACGUCGGUUGGCAGCACUCGGCCGCGAGGGCCGGUGGGAUGCCGACCGCGAUGAGGGACUCAGCUCGCUCGGCGCCGGUGGCUCUGGUUACUCGCCAUCGUUCUUCCACUUCAAACCCGUCAAGUACGGAAUGGUGUCAGCCGCAGCGCCCGUUCCCGGCCCACCACUCGUGCUCGAUCGCAAGGACCCGCCCGCUCAGCCAGCCGAUCCGUAUAGAGCGAUGUACGCGAGUUCUCCGCACCUGCACUCACGCCCUCUAUGCUCUCCGCCGCACUACCCCCUGCACCCCUUAAUGCACUAUCACUACAAUUACUCACCAUUCCAAUAUCUGUUACCUCCAGGCGUGAUGGUGCGGCCGGAGGAGGGGAACGUCUACACGAGUGUGGAGCCCACCUUCAGCAGCAACCCCAACGUAUACUUCCAACGCACGGAGCCGUUGCACGUCGGCAUGAUGUACUGA